AUGCCUGAGCAUGACUGGAGCGGUGGCGUUCUGGCGGUCGUUGUGCUGCUCGUCGCCACCGCCUGCGGUGUCAUCUCGGGCUGCGACGUCUGCGGCGUUUCUGUGGCGAAGCGGGUGAUGGCGCCGAGCGACCGGCCUGACGGGGGUGUUCCGGAGGCCACUGCGGUAACAUCAUCGGGAUCCACAGCGACGGCGACGCCGAUGCUCGAGCUUGACGACCAUCUGCGAGGUGCAGCAACGGGGAAGGCCGAUACGUACGUGGAGGAGUUCUACCAGGCGGCCGGUCACUUGCGGUGCCCGCAGCCGCAGCGUCACACACAGGAGGAGGUGGCGCGGCACAGGACGAAGGAUGACUUGUGGAUUGUGGUUGACGGAAACGUGCUGAACGUGAGCGCGUUUGUCCCGCACCAUCCUGGCGGGGACGUGCUACUGGACGGCGUCGGUGGGCAGGACAUGGCGACGGUGUUCGCCUACUUCCACGACCCCUCGACUGUCCGACUCUUGGUGAGCUUCUGCAUUGGUCGCCUCCUGUUGCAGUGA